AUGCUCAUUGAUGGUGAGAAGUGGGCUUGUGAAGCUUGCGUCCGGGGUCACCGCGUUAGCAGUUGCCACCACAGUGACCGCCCUUUGACCCACAUCAACAAAAAGGGCCGCCCAGUCUCUCAAUGUACCCACUGUCGCGGCCUACGCAAGUCUCGAACAACUCACGUCAAGUGCGAGUGUGGCGAGAAGAAGAAGAAGUCUGACUCGCCGGAUGGCCAUGCCGAUAACGCUCUUCAUCGCUGUGGCUGUAAUAACGGCCAGCGCUGCUCCUGUGCGCUGAAAAAGGAACAUCACCUAGAUACCGUUCCAGAGACUGGUCUUCCCCCGCCUCAACCAGCAGUGCCUGUAGAGCUCCCGCGCAAACCUCUUCUUACGACAGCCAAAUCAGAGUCAACUUUGGCCCUGACUAUCUUCCGCGAUGGUCAUCACAAACCUACUCACAAGCAUAACGACAUGGCCCACAAGUGUGGAAUGCCUUACACAAUCCCACGAUCACAUACCAUCCACCACUCCGCUGACCUUUCUCGCCGGUCAGUGGAUCAUCUCCCGUCCUUGACUCAAGCAACUUAUAUCCAAGAGCCUCUUUCGCUGCCAAUGGAACUCCCAUCUCAGUCCCAGACUUCCCACGGUUCUCCCAACAGUACCACAGCCUCCACAGAGGAAAUCACCAAAACCCCGCUAGACCAUCCUUUUCUUGAAAAGUUCGCUCCUACCCUCCCGAUUACAUCGAUGGAGAAGCCUGUAGAUGGAAAGCCCACAUCGGCCCCACCGACCAUGGACAAAUUUCCCCUCGAGCAGAUCAUCUCUCGCGUGCCACCUCCUCUUGACGUCUCUUCCUUCAACUAUUCUUCCUCCAAUUCGCCAAUUACGUGCAUGUCAUUUCAAGAUACUUAUCAAGAACCCUAUUUCUCCAUGUCUCCAGACUCGGAACUUCCAAUUGGAUCAAGUGCUUUCGGCGAAUCGUCCGUCGAUUGGUCAAGCUUCCCCUUAUAUUCCAAUCCCCCAGCUGCAAACAGCACGCAAACCCCAUCCUAUGCCAGCUUCGAUUAUAACUCAUACCCCUCUGGUUUGCCGCCGCCUUCAUCGUCUGGCGACAUAUCUGAAGUCGAUGAGUUUGGACCGCUUCCGAGCCUGGGCUACGCGGCGAGCAGUGAUAUGCAUGAUCUUCACAGCGUGAGCGAAGCCUCAGAUCUGGACCAUCUUCGUCUUAGCACUGCCUCUUCAUUGGUUGGGCUGCCUCAAACGCAGAUUCUUUCAUCGCAAGAUCUGUCGUCCAUCAACAUCGACGACUUCCUCAAGUCAGCCAAUGAAUCCACUGCCGCCUUGGAGCAUCAGCUGCAGGCCAGCAUGGGAAUUGACCAGAAGCCGAUUCCGACGCAGGAUGGGUUCAACAUACCCCAAACGCAAGACUCAGUGCCAAUCUGGCCAGCCGAUCUCUUCGACAACGGAUCCACGCCACCUAUGGAUGAAAGCUAUUUCCGCCAGAUUUGGGCUUCAUAG